GCCAGUCCCGGAAGUGGAAUUGAUGUAUUUUCUCGCCGUGUUUCCUAACAGGUUUGCGCAGUUAUUCAGCUGCGCUGCAGUGAACAUGAUCAAUAGAAAUAACGAGAUCAAUCGAAAUAACGAGAUCAAUCCAAACCGCGAUCAAUCGAAAUAACGAGAUCAAUCCAAACCGCGAUCAAUCGAAAUAACGAGAUCAAUCCAAACCGCGAUCAAUCGAAAUAACGAGAUCAAUCCAAACCGCGAUCAAUCGAAAUAACGAGAUCAAUCCAAACCGCGAUCAAUCGAAAUAACGAGAUCAAUCGAAAUAACGAGAUCAAUCCAAACCGCGAUCAAUCGAAAUAACGAGAUCAAUCCAAACCGCGAUCAAUCGAAAUAACGAGAUCAAUCCAAACCGCGAUCAAUCGAAAUAACGAGAUCAAUCCAAACCGCGAUCAAUCGAAAUAACGAGAUCAAUCGAAAUAACGAGAUCAAUCCAAACCGCGAUCAAUCGAAAUAACGAGAUCAAUCCAAACCGCGAUCAAUCGAAAUAACGAGAUCAAUCCAAACCGCGAUCAAUCGAAAUAACGAGAUCAAUCCAAACCGCGAUCAAUCGAAAUAACGAGAUCAAUCGAAAUAACGAGAUCAAUCCAAACCGCGAUCAAUCGAAAUAACGAGAUCAAUCCAAACCGCGAUCAAUCGAAAUAACGAGAUCAAUCCAAACCGCGAUCAAUCGAAAUAACGAGAUCAAUCCAAACCGCGAUCAGUCUCAUCGUGCAUCGCUAGAACUGUGUUUCAGAUAGCGAGCGCUAACACCUUACUGCUCGGGGUCUGUAUUCCUCCAGAGAGCCCCCAGCUGCACCUGCAGGAGUCGCCUGUACAGCAAGUAACACUACGAGUGUUUCAUUACAAAAUACAAUGCAACUACACUUAUAGGGUGUGAGUUACGGCAUUGUUUGCGCAGAACCACCACCUUCUAUAUAUAACAUUUAGAGUAUAGUAAUUGGACUUUACCAGCUGGCUGCCUGGCUCCGUCCUCUUCGCUGUUGCAAUGAGCAGUGGCACAGCGGCGGCGGCGGGGGGCUCAAGGGAUGCUUGGCUGUUCACCUGCGCUUCUUUCGCCUGCAUCACGGCGCUUUACCUGCCCGGGGUGCAGCGAUCCGUGGCGGGCGGAGACUCAGGAGAGCUGAUCACUGCUGCCUGCGAGCUUGGGGUUGCGCACCCCCCUGGGUACCCCCUCUUCACUCUCCUCGCUCGUCUGGCUCUGGAUCUGCUUCCCUUCGGACCGCCGGCCUACCGCGUGAACCUUCUGAACGGGCUGCUGGGGGCGGUAGCGAGCGCCUCGCUGUGCUUCACUGUCUGCAGGCUCUCAGGCAGUGUAGUAGCCGGUAUCUUUGCUGCUGGUAGUUUCGCAGUGUCUCGGCUGGCUUGGCAGUGGUCGAUGGCCGCUGAGGUCUUCUCUCUGAACAACGUGUUCAUCGGGCUGCUCCUGUCCCUCAGUGCCUGCUUCCACACCGCGGGCUCAGCCCAGCAGAGAGACAAGUUUGGUUGCUGGGGAGCGCUGUGCUGUGGUCUCAGUCUGUGUAAUCAGCACACCGUGCUCCUGUAUGUGCUCUGCAUCGCCCCCUGGGUGCUGGGAGGACUCAGGACUCACAAGGAACUCUCUUUGCCUAUGGUGGGGCGGCUGGGGACUUGUUUUCUGGUCGGUUUCCUGCCCUACCUUUACCUGCCACUCUCCUCCUUCCUGAACCGAGCACGCUGGAGCUGGGGGGACCAGAGCAGCCUGGGGGGGCUCCUGACGCACCUACUCCGGAUCGAGUACGGGACCUUCAGCCUGGCCAAAUCGGAGACUGGGACAGGGAUGGCUCUAAUGCUGAGAGCCCAGCUGACUCACUGCCUGUCGGACCUCUCCGCUCCAGUUCUGGUUCUGUCUGGGGCCGCCCUGCUUCUGAACCCCUUAAACAGGAGUCGUGGCUCCUCCAGGCUGGUCUGGCUGUUGGCUGCGAUGGUGACCCUGUACUCUCUGUUCUUCGCGUGGAGAGCGAACCUGGAUAUCAGUAAGCCCCUGUUCCUGAGAGUGGUGGAGCGGUUCUGGGUGCAGGGCGACGCAGUGCUGUGUGUGCUGGCUGGACUGGGUCUGUCCUCGCUGUGCUGUGAACUGGACAGACGGUUGGGCAGAGGGGGUGUGUGGAGGGCAGCGGGCUGGAUCUUCACGGCAGGAUUCAUCGCCAGCCAGGCUCACCGCCACUCCAGGCUGCUGGAUCAGAGUGAGAACUUCGUUGUGGACAGGUUUGCCCGGAACAUUCUGAACUCCAUUCCCAAUGGAUCCAUCGUCCUGACGAGAGGGGACCUGCCGGGGAACUCUCUGCGCUACCUGCACUACUGUGAGGAGCUGAGAGGGGACCUGAGCCUAGUGGAGCAGGAGGUGAGUCUGUACCUGCACUACUGUGAGGAGCUGAGAGGGGACCUGAGCCUAGUGGAGCAGGAGGUGAGUCUGUACCUGCACUACUGUGAGGAGCUGAGAGGGGACCUGAGCCUAGUGGAGCAGGAGGUGAGUCUGUACCUGCACUACUGUGAGGAGCUGAGAGGGGACCUGAGCCUAGUGGAGCAGGAGGUGAGUCUGUACCUGCACUACUGUGAGGAGCUGAGAGGGGACCUGAGCCUAGUGGAGCAGGAGGUGAGUCUGUACCUGCACUACUGUGAGGAGCUGAGAGGGGACCUGAGCCUAGUGGAGCAGGAGGUGAGUCUGUACCUGCACUACUGUGAGGAGCUGAGAGGGGACCUGAGCCUAGUGGAGCAGGAGGUGAGUCUGUACCUGCACUACUGUGAGGAGCUGAGAGGGGACCUGAGCCUAGUGGAGCAGGAGGUGAGUCUGUACCUGCACUACUGUGAGGAGCUGAGAGGGGACCUGAGCCUAGUGGAGCAGGAGGUGAGUCUGUACCUGCACUACUGUGAGGAGCUGAGAGGGGACCUGAGCCUAGUGGAGCAGGAGGUGAGUCUGUACCUGCACUACUGUGAGGAGCUGAGAGGGGACCUGAGCCUAGUGGAGCAGGAGGUGAGUCUGUACCUGCACUACUGUGAGGAGCUGAGAGGGGACCUGAGCCUAGUGGAGCAGGAGGUGAGUCUGUACCUGCACUACUGUGAGGAGCUGAGAGGGGACCUGAGCCUAGUGGAGCAGGAGAUGAUGACCUAUGAUUGGUACGUUUCCAAGCUGGGCCGGCACCUCCCUGGAGUCCGGUUCCCAGGGAGGCUGUGGGACCCAGUGCUGUCGGACCAAACCUUCAACCUGCAGAGGUUCCUGUCUGAGAACGCAGGGAGGGAGGUCUUCGCUUGCAUCGGGCUGCCUGAGGGGGACCGGUCCUGGGAGAGGGGCUUCUCUCUGUGGCCCUGGGGGGUCUGUGAGAAGCUGGUCCCCUCUGGAACCCCCUUCUACCCUGCGGAGUGGGUCAGACUGACCCAGAAUAUGUACAACUGGACUGAGCCUUACAACAGCUUCCAGCCAGGAUCCUGGGAGGAGGUAGCCAAUGAAGAAAUGUGGCAGUCCAGGAUGAAGACUGCGUUCUUCCUGUUUGACCUGGCGGAGAAGCAGAGCGGCAGUGCGGAGGUACAGGUGCAGCUCUACCAGCUCUCUUACACUGUCUACCAGGAGCUGGUGGGCAGGGAGGGAGAGGUGGAGGGGGAGAGGCAUCCUGCGAACUGGCACAAGAACCUGGCUCUGGCAAGCGAGAGGCUGCUGCGCGCAGGCGGGGGGGGCGUGGACUCUGAGCGGCUCCUCUCCUCCAGCCAGCUCCACUUCAGCCUGUACUUGCAGAGGGAGCCAGGAGACCCCCAGGCUGAGGCCAUCCGCCAGGCCGUGCAGCAACUGGCCAAGGAGAGAGAGAGGCUUCAGCAGCAGCAGACCAGAGGACACUGAGACACGAGGCACCAAGGAGUUCCUCCCGUCCAUCAGUUCAGUGUUCUUAUGCACUGCUGGGGUUACCCCUUCCUUUACUGUUCGUCUGUUAGUUACUUAGUUAGUUAGUUAUUUGUUGCCAUUGACAGUUCUGUUCUGUUGCCAAAAAAUGUGCCUCUCCGUUCAAGACUUCGGAGUUAAACCUUGAUCGAUUCUGCGUUUUAUAACUGAAUAAAUGAGAUGCUCACAGA